UUGGGAAUUAGUACUCUCUCGGUGCCCUUAUUCGAUUACCGCAUUUGCUCUACCAAUUGAAUACGAUACACCUUAAAUUAUUUGCAGGUCCUAGCUUGAUCCUUGCCCAUCGCAACGUUUUCGCGACAGCCCAAACGGAGCAAAAUGAACGUCGAGUUCCAAGGCACCCUCUCCAACCUGGAGAACAAACUAAAUGUGCUCAUAAAUAGCCUGACAACAUCGCCAACAGCUGCAGGCGCUCCCGCCGCCGCGAUCGGUUUAUUGGACGCAGACGACUCGUUGACCUCCGCCGUCGAGACUCUCCGACAACAUCAGCAGAACUACGCCAAGAUCUUACGGCUCCGUGAAGAGGCUCAGGAACUGGAAGAGAAAGUCAAGAGCAUUGUACGUGAGGUGAUGGCCUAUGAGAAGGAGAUCACAACGACCUGUGGAGACGAGUCCGAUAGUGACCUGGACUCGGAGGACGAUUACUCGGACUAUGACUCCGAUGAAAAUAUGGAGGGCGAAAAGCCCAAGUCUACAGGGUUACGGGGAAUUAAAGAGGUGGACUACAAGUUACUUCUCGACUUUGCGCGGCGGAUCAGCAAAUACAACCACCAAGCGGCCGCCGAUGCUGCAGCGACUGCGGAGGCCAAAUCACGAGAGAGAAUCCAAGAGAAGGGACCAGACACAGAAAUGACGGGGACAAAUGGCAACCAGGAUACGGAGACAGCGGAGCCGGUCGCAUCUGUCACCAAAGACGCGACUAGUUGGCUUGACGAAUCGGCAAAGAUGACUCGCCAGGCUUAUAUGCUACCGUAUCCAAUGGAAGAUCGCAUUCGAUUGGGACUUAUGGCACAAAUACAACUCGCUGCUGCCGAGGGUCGCCCAGGUUUUGAACCAGAGAAGGAAGUUGAACGUUUGAUACGCGAGGCUGAGGGUGUAGGGAUCGCUGAUGCGAUGCCGCAGGUCGACGUCGGCGAAGAAGCGCGUCAUGCAGAUGAGGCCGCAAAAGCUGCAGCGCAUGCCGGAUCUGCGGCAACAAGCGGAUCUGGGAUGGGAGCGGCACCAAUGCCGAAGCCCAAGGCUACAUUGGACCUGGAUCUGUACGACCCGGAUGAAGACGAUGAAUGAUGCGAUAGUAUUUACUGUACAGAUAAUGCAAUACUUGAGAC